AAGUGGCCAUGGCGGGGCUGAACGGACUGGCGGCGGCGCUGGAAUCCUAUCGAGGCCGGGAUCGCCUGAUCCGAACCCUGGGGUACUGCUGCCAACUGGUUGGUGGGGUCCUGGCGGAACACUGUCCAGCCAGGUCAGAAGUGGGGACGCGCCUGCUGGUACUGUCCUCCCAGCUCAGCCACUGCAGGACCAUCCUUCGGCUCUUCGAUGACUUGGCCAUGUUUAUGUGCACGAAGCAGUACGGCCUGGGGACAGAGGAGGAAGACAUCUUGGUCCGCUGUGUGUCUGUCCUGGGCAACCUGGCCGACCAGCUGUACUAUCCCUGCGAGCACAUUGCCUGGGCCGCCGACACCAAGAUCCUCCUUGUGGACUCUGCCCGGUGGUGGGUGCUGAGCACGGCCCUCUGGGGCCUCUCCCUGCUCCUGGGGAUUGCCAGGUCCCUGUGGCUGGUCCUGAAGCUGAGGCAGCGGCUGAGGUGCUCCGCAGCCGUCACCAGCCAACUGCCCCAGAGCCGGCGGAGGGCCAUGGAGGCCCAGGUGCGGUCGGAGCUGUUGACUGUCCUCGGCAACGUGGCUGACCUGGCCAACGCCGUGCACUGGCUGCCCCCAGGCAUCCUGUGGGCAGGCCGCUUCCCGCCGUGGCUGGUGGGCCUCCUGGGCACCAUCUCCUCUCUCCUCAGCGUGUACCGGGCCGUCCGGGCCAGUGGCUGGGACGACACUGCCACCUCCUGACAUGGCCCAGGACCUUGAUGGAGGGCCCCUUCCCACAGAGCAGAAAUCACCUGGGCUGGGCACUGGGCCUCUAAUUGAGCAAAUCAAGGCCAGGUGUGGGGACAUGCCACCCAGAAAACACAGGGAGUGGCCUGGGGGAGCCCCGCUGGGCAGGAUGUGGAGCGAGUGUGAGGUCCCUCAGGUGCUGGGGGCCUAUCCUUUCCACCCAGACCCGGCCUCCUGGGAGAAGUGUCUCUCAGGGCCAGAGCGAGGACCCUGGGGCUCCCACACAGAGGUAAAGGCCACCGUGGUCCUCAGCAGAGCCUUGCUUCCGUCCCUGGCAUCCUGCACUCGAAUAAAUAUGAGCAGGGGCCAGGAUGGCACGGCCCCCGCAGGCCUUGGGAAAGCUGAAGUGAGAAUCAAUUAACCACGUGGUGCCGGUACCAGGCCGGGGGUGGGGGGUGGCGUCCUCCUAAACUCACCAGCUUCUGGCUCCA